CGGCAGGAAGGGGACGCUGCGACUUCCGGACCUUCCCCGUUUCUCCGAUCCUGGCUGUGUGGGGUUGCUGGGGACUUGAGAGUGUCUGCUGGUGAUGGCCGCGGCCGUCGCUAUGGAGACAGAUGAUGCUGGAAAUCGACUGCGGUUUCAGUUGGAGUUGGAAUUUGUACAGUGUUUAGCCAACCCAAAUUACCUUAACUUUCUUGCCCAAAGAGGUUACUUCAAAGAUAAAGCUUUUGUUAAUUAUCUUAAGUACUUGCUUUACUGGAAAGAACCAGAAUAUGCCAAGUAUCUAAAGUACCCUCAGUGUUUACACAUGUUAGAACUGCUCCAGUACGAACACUUCCGCAAGGAGCUGGUGAAUGCUCAGUGUGCGAAAUUUAUUGAUGAGCAGCAAAUUCUGCACUGGCAGCACUAUUCCCGGAAGCGGAUGCGCCUUCAGCAAGCCCUGGCGGAGCAGCAACAGCAGAAUAACACAUCAGGAAAAUAAAAAGCUGGACCCUGACCAGGCUACUAAGACAUGUAUAUAUUGCUUUUGUACAGUGAAGACAAAAAAACUGUUCCUAUGUACCUUUAUUAUGGUAGCAGCCAGAACUGUUAGUGUGCUUAUUUAAUUGAACUUUUAUUGUUACUAGAUUAUUUCUGUUAAACCAGAAUUGUUUUACUUUGA